AAAAUGUUAAGAGUCCCACUUUGAGUAUAAAUUAAAUGCCUCAAUCAUGGGGCAGCAAUUCCUCGCAUCCUCUGCUCGUUAGAUGCCAGCUCGUGACAGUGGUCAUCGAGCCCCUCUCUCGCUCGUCUUCGCCUCGUUGUUACUCUUUACGCCCGCUCGCUACCCCAACCUAAGCUGCUGCCAGGUUUACCAGGCAAACACCAUCCAUGAUGAGUAGCGAACCGACCGAGACCUGCAUGUUCUUCGUGGAUGACUCCAACAUAUGGAUCGAGGCCCAAAAGUUCGCCGCCUCGGGCAACAGCCACAUGCCCAAACUGACAGACAGCGACCGCGACCCGCGUCUCAGAAUUGAUGUCGGGAAAUUGGUCGACACGCUCCGCAACGACCGCAUCCAAGGUCCUUCGUUUCUCUAUGGCUCUCGCCCACCGCCCAACGAUUCAGUGUGGAAAGCGUUUGAGAAGUACAAGUUCAAGACCAAGAUCUACGAUCGCGCCCACGGUAAAGAGAAAGAGGUGGAUAAUUCCAUGGCAACGGAUCUGAGCUCUCAAGCCACCGAACUCAGCAUCAGGGCCGAGUAUGAAUUGGGGGCCAAACAGCGGAAAGCCAAUACGACGUUUGUCGCCAUCACCGGAGACCGCGACAUGCUCCCGCCAAUCAAGAAAGUGCUGGAAUCUAACAUCCGAGUGGAGCUCUGGGCCUGGGAGUCGGGAAUGUCUACCGAGUACUUGAAGCUGUGUCACCACAACGGUCUGCUAACGGUAAACUUUCUGAACUGGAUAUUCGACAAGAUUUCCUUCACGAAUUUCGCCUCUACCCGACGGAGCAAGACCGGGCUGGUUGAGCCUAACCAAACGAUCGUGCUCUGCGAGUUUGCUGAUCCGAGCGGGGAUGACCUCGAAUCUUCGGUCUGCGAGCAGCUCAUUCAGUUGGGCCGCUUGUUCUACAUCACUCGAUCCAAAACGGAAACGGAGAUGUUUGUGGAGUUUCCGAGGGUUGAGAACAUUGAGGCUAUGAUCUUCAAGGCACGAGAGCGGUUCAAGGAAAUGUUGACGGUGCUGUCAUGGCCCGAAUACGCAAGCCGUUUCAAUAAGGACCGCCCCGCCAAGGUCGAAACUAUCAAUAUGUAUGCGCCAUUGACGGAUGAUAAUGGCCAAUACUCCACCUCUGCCAUGGCGAAAGAAGAAAACGAUCCCGUCGAACGCAAAGUCAAGCCAUCAUUCAGCACCGCAGAACCUGGGAGUGGACACAGGCAAAAUGAAGAGAUGCAAGGUCUCAACGACCCCGACGACAACGACGGCUGGCAAACGGUGUCUCGAUCCGAUAGGGGAAAAGAUCAUCGUCACGCCUUACGCCAAACGCAGCGAUGUCCUUAUCGCAUCCGCUGCAAGAAAAGAGGCGAGUGUGGUUACCGCCAUAGUUACGAGGAGCUGGACCUGUUUCGGGACAAUCCAAAUCAGGAUUUCGGGCUGUGGAAAACGAGGAAGUGCGAUCUCUCCUACUGGCACCGCGGGAAACAAUGUCGGUUUGCCCAUACGCAGGACGAAGCAUGGUGCCCUCGGUGCCGUGAUGAGGGCCACUAUACUGAAGAGUGCCGGUAUAGAAGUUAGAACUUUGUAGGUAGUGUGUCAGGGAUUAAAGCCGCCUAACCGGCUUGGUCGGGGAGAUCUAGGUUAUGUUCUACGGCCUACCUAGACAGUUUUCGGCUUGCAGUUCAAUCUCGGAAGAAACUAGUUUUUGU